UGAAUAGUUCUGGUAUCUCAACCUAUAUAAGGAUGUCAAAUGAAAAUUUAUUUGCACAAUUACAGCUCGGCUUCAUGGGAACACUGUAGUUUUGUGCUGGAUCUAUUAAGAGUCCAAAGCUACCUUGGUUAUACUACUGAAAUGACCAAUUCAACAAAUUAUACUGUGCACUAUGAAUAUUACUUUGAUUACUUUGAUCUAUCUCCAGUUGAUGCAAGUAAGCUGAAAGCCAACAGAUAUUCAAUUAUCAUAGGCUUUUGGAUUGGACUUGUUUCUUUUGUGGCAUUUCUCUUCUUUAUUUUGUUCUACAUAUCUCGAUCUGGUACAACAUCCAUGAAGACUGGAGGAUCAAAGAAGUUUCCAUGGAAUUAUUCAGAAACUAUUCAUCAAAAUCUUGUUAACAAUGACACUGUAUGAACAUCUGUAGAUAACCAAGGAGAAGAAAUUGAAGGGCUCUGUUCAAGUAAUAGAUUACCAUGUCACCAUAUGGACAAUUCAGUGUAAAACCUUCUCACAAAUGAAAUAUGAAGCCCACUACAUAUAAUAUAGUAUAAUGUGCUAGGAGGAAUACCAAUGUAAAAAAACAUGUAUUUCUUCUUUAAAAAAAUACUUUGGCUUUUUCAUUAUAUAACAAUCAUUGUAGUAUCUAAUACAAAAGGAUAGAUUUACCAGAAAAUAUGAAAUCUACAAU